AUGGUUGCGGCAAAGAAAACCAAGAAGACUCAUGAGAGUAUCAACAACAGGCUCGCUCUUGUCAUGAAGAGUGGCAAAUAUACCCUAGGUUACAAAACCGUUCUCAAGUCCCUAAGGAGUUCAAAAGGAAAGUUGAUUAUCAUUGCUAACAACUGUCCUCCUUUGAGGAAAUCUGAAAUUGAAUACUAUGCCAUGUUGGCUAAGGUUGGGGUACAUCACUACAACGGAAACAAUGUUGAUUUGGGUACUGCAUGUGGAAAGUACUACAGAGUGUGCUGCCUGAGCAUUGUUGAUCCUGGUGAUUAUGACAUCAUUAAGUCAAUUCCUGGUGACCAGUAA